ACGUUAAUGAUGGCGGCUGCCAGGUUACCCCACCGAGUAUUAGAAGUUCUUUUCUCUUAUUUAGACAUUUCUGAUCUCAGGAGUUGUUCUCUUGUUUGCAAAAACUGGUAUCGCUUUUUAAACGACGAAAACAACGAUGUAUGGCGACUCCACUGUGUACGAAAAUUAGCCGAAGAAGCUUUGAAGUCAGAUCUACUUAGCAACGUACCAACUUACAAAGCAAAACUUAGAGCUUUUUAUCAUGCCUGGAACCCAAAUGACUGUUCUAAAAAUGUGUAUAUUAAACCUAAUGGCUUCACACUCCAUCGAAAUCCUGUAGCUCAGACAACAGAUGGUGCUAGAGGGAAAAUAGGAUUUAAAACUGGUCGUCACUGUUGGGAAGUGUGGUGGGAAGGUCCUUUAGGAACUGUAGCAAUGAUAGGUCUGAUGACAAAAGACUCCCCUGUUCAGUGCCAAGGUUAUUUUCCUUUGGUUGGUGGAGAUAAUAACAGUUGGGGAUGGAAUCUAGUUGAUAAUCAUUUGAUACACAAUGGUGAUAGUCAAGGGAAUUACCCACCAUUGAAUAACGCACCAAAAUAUCAAGUAAGUACUAGUACUGUACCUUGACAUGAUUAACAACCAUCAGAAAAUUUAUAAAAGUGAAUAUAUUGCAUAAACAGACACCAAUUUAAAUUUCAUACAAAAAUGAAUUUUUAUUACGAUGUGACUGUGUGUGUGUGGGGAAUUGAGCCAUAGGAAUAACUGCGGCUUCUGAGGGCUCAAUUUGUUAAUGUGGUUUAUGCACAUGUGGUAAACAAUGGAGGCUUCCUGUUUCUGAGUCUUCUCAUAAAUCUAAGAGACACACACACAUUUCUGCUAUGCUCAAUUCUUACCCUAUUCAUAUAUCAUUGAGUUAUUAGUAGAACUAAUUACUGGACCUCUUCUGCACCUUUCUUAGUAGUCUCUUUUUAAAUACUUUUUUUUCUACUUGCAUUUCCAUCUUGUCAUUAAAUUGUAAUCUUUUUCUUGACUCACGUGUCUCUAUCACUUAGUUAAUUGUCCGUCUCAUGCAAUGUUUACCCAGAGAACCACUGGAGAAGGCUGGGUAUGAGAAUGGUUUUUUGGAAGGGGUUAGGGGCAGGGCAUACAGCAAAUAGACUCCGGCUGUAGUAAGUUGGGUUGAGGGAGUGGGGUGGCAAGUUAUUCGGAAAACACAUGUUACCCUCUAACCAUGGUUUACUUGAGUGUUUUAUUCAAAAUGUGUGAAGUGAUCACCCUUGAAAUGUCCAUAUAUACAUAUUAAAAUUGUAAUACCUGUACUAAAAAUUAGCAAAUAAAAAAUAUUGAAAACACUUUUUAAAAAGAGCUUCUAUCACAUACUAUUUUGUGUAAUGAAUUUUGAAGAAUUUUUUUUAUUAUUUUCUACUUUUUAGUGAAUUUAAACUCUUAUUUGGUAGAAAGUCUUUUGAAGAACAAAAUUUAAAAUGUUUCUUUUGUAACUUAUUGUCAAUUAUUGUACGAGUACAUAAUGAUCUCAUUAUUUCAGUGAAUGAAGUGCAAAUUUUUAUGUAUUUUAAAGCAAAAGCAUCAGUUAACAAAGAAGGCCUGGUUUAGAAGCAAUUUUAUACUAUUUUCAACAGAUAAUAAAGUAACACCAGUAUUGUGUUAAAAUGAAAUUUAAAGAAUAGGUUCACAAAAUGACGUGGUGCAGUCCAUAACUACUAAUUGCUACUGGUACAUUCAUAGACGGACCAUAAAAAAGGACAAACUCACAUUAUCAAUUUUAAAAAAUUCAAAGCUCAAAAGCUACUAAUACUAGUAGAAUGUUGUUCUGUUUCAUCCUUUUUGUCAGUUUUUUCCAUGCUUUGUUUUGCUCAUUUCCUUAAGCUAGUUGAUGUUUAUAUAUAAAACUGUAUUAUUUUGUAAUAUAAAGCUAUGUUCAUCCGAAUAGAUUAAAAGCCAAUGUGCCGAAGGAGGCAUUUAAAAAGGAAUAUGAGAAAACUAAAAUAAGGCUAUAUAUUACGGGUGGACAACCUGCAACCUGCUGAAAUGUUUAAUGUAAUCCAAAAGACCAUCUGAGAAAUGUAUUAAUGUUUUGUAAAAUGUUCAAAUUAGGAAUACUUAUCUGCAAAAUCCAAUGAAAAUUAAUAAUCACAGUGUAAAAUUUUCAAACUAAUUAUAUGAUAAUAAUCACAUCAUAUUUAAAAGGUGUUCCACUGCUUAUGUGGGACCUGAACUCAAGAUAAAUUUUCGAAGCCUAUCUUAAAUGAUGUAUCUUCUUUUUCUUCUUAGCCUCUCUCAAUCCCAAUGGAGCAUAGGCUAUCCACAAUACUUUUCCAUCUGUCCCUGUCCUAGACUAUCUUGGCUAGUUCAGCCCAACUUUUCGUCAUUCUCUUCACCUCUGCCUCUAAUCUUCUCUUCCAUGUGGCUCUUGGUCUUCCUCUUUUCCUGGGACCUUGAGGAUUCCAAGUCAGGGCGUUUAUUGUGAUAUUAGUGUUUGGUUUCAUCAGUGUGUGCCCUAUCCAUCUCCAUUUUCUCUUUUUUAUCGCUCUUUCCACUGGAACACUUUAUGUUCUUUCCCAAAGAAUAGUUUUAUAAUUUGGAAAACCAUCUUAUUUUGAGGAUCCUUCUCAAGCAUCUGUUUAUAAAAACAUGCAGUUUUUUAAUGUUUGUUUUUGUUCUCUAAGUUUCACAGUCAUACAGAAGAAAUGCUUUUUGAGUUGACUAUUUGUAACUUUGUUUUUGUCAAUAGUUCCAGAUGUUUCACAGGGAAUUGAAUGCGCCUCUUGCCUUUUGGACCCUAGACUUUAUGUUCUCAUCUGUCCCCCCUUUUUUUUUUAUGGUGCUUCCCAGGUAUGUCAAAGUUUAAACUUCUUCAAGUUUAUCCCAAUGACCCCAUCAUCCCCUCCAUUUAUUCUUAAGGUCUUGGUUUUCUCUUUAUUAGCAUAAAUAUCCAACUUCCUGGGAUAGAGAGUCAAGUUUUGUUGUUUUCUCCUGCAUUUUUUUUUAUGGCUAUGUGAUAAAAGUGCAAUGUCAUCUGCAAAAUCCAAAUCCUCCAGCUGUCUGAAAGUUUUCCACUGGAUUCCAUUUUUGUGUUCAACACUACUUUUGAAACUUUUGUAGACAUAGUUUUUCCUUAUUCUUCUGACACCAUUUGUAACAUAUAGGCGUUUUUCAUGUGAAGACGUUGUGAUAUAUUAUUAAUGUAACAUAUAUUUUUAUUAUUGUCUUAUUAUUGUGGACAAUUAUUUCUCAACAUACUGUUUAAAGGCUCCCUAAAUCACACAGUUUCUCACCUCCAUAUGUCAAGUCCCGCUGUUACAUGCAACACUUUUAUUGACGUACGCGCAGUAUGAUAAAGCUAUCAAACAAUAUAAUAUUUGCUGCUGGCAUCCGUCCAUCACAAUGUGACGAUGGAGUGGGCAUAUAAUAUUUAAUGCUGCCUUUUUCAAGAUCUAAAAGUAAUUUCAAUAAGUUUAAUAGCAAAUAUCUUCAUACAGUAAUAAUUAUGGAAUUAUCUGCUUUUCUCUCUCUACAAUCAUUGUUGCACCAUGCUUCUUCUGUACUCUCCUUACCAGUCUCAUAUCCUUCAAGAUUCUCAAAAUAUCCUUUAAUUACUGAUACGUUACACCCAUCCUGUGUUGUUUCUCUCAUGAUCCAGUCAAUGGAUAACAGUAAGAGGAAUGGUGAGAGCAGGCAUCCCGGUCAAACUCCAGAUUCUAUUAAAAACGGGUUUUUGAGUUCACAUUCAUUUAAAACCCUGCAACUCAUAUCUUUGUAUGUGUUCCAAACUCUCUAAAAGAGAAUCUCCUGUACUCUCUGUGCUAUGCACUGCUAUCCCUAGGGAGAAAUUAAUCUCCUAUUUACAUGUAUGGCUCGUUCCAAAACAUUGCAUAACAAGACGAUACCAAAUGAUAAAAACAAAAACAGAUAAUACGACACAACAACGAAAGGAAUUCAUACAUAUAAGUAAACACAGCUCUAUCAAGAAUAACAAUUUCUAAAAAAUCAAUGCUAGCCUCUCGUCCCGUAAAGAACAAAUCUUGUCGUCCCAAAAAUAAUGCUCUCUCUGCUUUUUAUAGUCUUAUUCUGCAGAAAAAUCCAGGCAUAUUACGCAUUGUAUUAGUGACUCAAAAAAAUUCUAUAAUUUACACCAUUUUCUAUCGUAUUCGAGUCAAGAAAACAGGCAAUAGAUUGGUUUGUUGUUAACAAGAUCAAAGAGAAAAAGCCAUGCCCAAUACUAACGCAGCGCCUGCUAGAGUUCACAGCAUGGGGGAAAUAUGAUGUAAACAUAUCAUCUACAUAACAUCUGUAUUACGUAAAGGUAACAACAUUGUGAUUAAAGAUGCUGAUAAGGGUGGUGCUGUCGUAGUUUGGGACAAAAACUGAUACAUUAAAGAAACCAAUGAACAAUUAGAGGAGACAAGAUUCUAUAAGCCCAUCAAGAAUAACUCCAUUAUCCGCAAUAAUGAACUUAUGCAUCAAACAACAAAACAACUUAUUGACAAAUCAGCACUUCCAGAAUCAGCUUCUACAUUACACAUUUUCAAUAGUGACCUAAGCAAACCUUCCUUCUAUUUGCUGCCUAAGAUUCACAAAGCGGGCAACCCGGGACGACCUAUUGUCUCGGCCAACUCUCGCCCCACUGAACACAUUUCAGAAUUUCUCAAUGAGGUCUUUCAGCCUUUUUUUACAUUAAAGAAACCAACCAUGCUUUAAAAACAAUUCAUUUCCCUAAACAUUAUCCCUGAUACAAAACACUCGUUUCUACUUGAUACUUGCUUCUUAUACACAUCUAAUCCACAUGAUGACAGUCUUAGGACUUUGAGAUUUUUCCUUGGAAACAAACGACAUCCCUGCUUACCUACUGACACUAUUAUCAGAUCGCCUGAAAUGGUACUCACCCUUAACUCCUUUGAAUUCAAUGGUCAUUUCUUUGACCAAAUUAGUGACGCAGCCAUGGGCACAAAAAUGGACCAUAGUUAUGCCUGCCUUUUUAUGGGUCAUUUUGAAUACAUGGUAGAGAAGGCAUAUACUGGCCGUAUUCCAGAAAUUUAUAAGAUAUACAUUGAUAACGACAUUGGCAUCAUGACCAGGGAAAAAUAUGAACUCUAACAAUUUAGUGAUUUCUUAUACCGGGUACUCAUUCCACUCAUCCAUAAAAUUUACUUCCCACAUCUCAGGACAUUCUGUCAACUUUCUGGAUAUUACCAUAACAUGGUAAAAACCCAAACCAUGCAAAGACUCUGUACCUUUCUCACAACUUCUCAGACUAUGUGGCUUCUACCAGCUUGAUGAAGACUUUUUAGAUUGGGGCUAAUAAAAUGAUGGACUUUCCGCUCCAGAUCUUAUCCUGAAACUACUCUUGUCUCGGCACUCAAUCGUAUCGGCAGUAUCACACUGAAUGAUGCUUUUAAACCUAUUCCAAAUAAAAAUGAAGAUUGAAUGAAAUGCAUACUAACCUACCACCAGUACAAUUUGAUUGCCAAAAAAAUAUUCUUAAAGAAUCAACACAUACUUCUUGCUGACCCCGAGACCAACAGGGCAUUCUCACCCCACCCCCCCCCCCCACUUAUUGUCUUCAGACGGGACAAAAAUCUAUGUGACCUUCUCGUUCUUAGUCACCUUCAAGCUUACCUGUCUCACGUUGGUACUAAACUAUGCUCAAGAAGCCGAUGUAGGACUUGUCCCUGUACACUCCAAAGCAAAAACAUUAUCUGUUCGAAAGGUAAUUUUAACAUCAAAGAGGGUUUCAAAUGUGUUAGCCAGAACGUGAUAUAUGCAAUUUUGCACCGUAGAUGCUGGUCCUGUUAUGUAUGCAAACUGGUAGAAGAUAACAGAUAGGCUCACUGAACAUUUUCGUGAUAUUGAACAGGGUAAACUUUCCCUGGUCUCAUAAAAUUUCAAUGGAGAUAAACAUAAAGUGGCAUUAUAUGUAUCCAUCAUGGCACUGAUUUUCUAUUCCAACACACCAGAAAGAGUUAGAAUGGAAAAGAAAUUAAAUCAGUUUUUUGGCACAAUAUCAACAUAUGGAAUUAAUCACAUACGCUCCUACUAAUGAUUCUCAAUUUUCUUGUAUUUCUUUUCUUAUAUGUUAUGUUUUAUAUAUUUCUAAAAUAUUUUUGUUUGUUAAGAUUUAAGACCUUGCUUUUCACAGUAACAAUUCAUAUAUUCUUUCCCUUCCUGUAAUCUUGGUUUUGGAGAAUCCAACAUCCAGUAAUAACAAUGGUGAUCACUAAGGUUUUUUAACUAGUUUCUAUUUCUUGUCAUAUUUUUAUUUGUCCUGUCUGCUGAGGAAGACUCUUAGCCAAAACGUUGUCCUGUCUAUCGAUUCAAGCUUCAACAUACCUAGUUCUACUAUUUUCUUCACACAGCUUGAAAUAGAUCUAGUCCUUCAUUUAUUAUGUGUUCUUAACUAAGCUAGUUAGCUUUUAAGGAAUAGCAUAAUAUCUUUUUAGUUUCCAGAGUGUAUCUCUGUCCGAGCUAUCAAAUGCUUUUUCGAAGUUGUCGAAAUUGAGGUACAAUGAUGCAUUCCACUCCAAGCAUUGUUCAGUGAUUAUGCGCAGGGUUGCAAUUUGGUCAGUACAUGAUCUGUUUUCUCUAAAACCAGCCUGUUCAUCUCUUAGUUUGGAGUCUUUUACUUUUUUUAUUCUCUGCAGAAUAAUUCUAUUUAAUAUUUGUUCCUGGUACAGAAGCCAGCAUGAUUCUUCUAUCGUUUCUGCACUCUAGGGAGGUCUCCUUUCUUUGGAAGUUUGACCAGGUAUCCUUCUCUCCACUCCUUGGGUAUUGUUUCUUGGUCCCAGGUAGUCACAAUGAGCUGUGAAGUAUGCUUGAUGACAGGUCAGGGCCAUCUUUUAGUAUAUCUGCGGCCUUUCCGUUUUUCAUUAGUUUGAUGGCAUUUUUAAUUUCUGUUUCGUUGGGUACAUUGCAGUCAAUGAGGAGAUCUUCUUCUGCUGGGAGAAUUUCAGGUGGUUCUUCUGGGGCUGGCCUCUUUAGUAGUUCUUUGAAGUAUUCUACCCAUUUUUUCUUUUGUUCUUCUUUGUUGAUUAGCUUUUUCCACAAUUUGUCUUUGAUUGGCCUGCUUUGUUGAUGAAACUUUCCUGCCAGCCUGUUGCAUUGAUGUAUAUUAUCUAAAAAAGUAUCACCAGCCCACCAGCAAAGAAUAAUUUCCAUGCUGCCCUCUGCAAAAAAAUAAGGUUGUCCACCCCUGUUGUAUAUGGCCAUAGACUAAAAUGACAGAAUAAUAUGUGUUAUUUUUGGGGUACUGCAACUGCUAGACUAGCAAGCUUAGAAAAAUUAUCAUUGUGUCAGUUUUGUCUCUCGUAUAGUCUGUGAAUAAGCUGUACGUUUUCAUGUGAAGUUAUUUCUUAAUGUUUGAUUCCCAGACUUUGUCUGCUGGCUUAUUAAAUUUAUAAGGUUUUUUUAAGAGAAAUCAUGAAGUGCAGAAAGUUAAGUUAAAAUCAAUAUCUACACAGAAAAAAAACAAGUUCUUGCAUAAAGAUAUUACUAUCAUUAUCAUCUUAAUUUAAAAAUGUUUUCCUUUCAGGUUGGUGAAAGAAUAAGAGUUAUAUUGGAUUGCGAAGAUAACACAUUAGCAUUUGAAAAAAAUUAUGAGUUCCUCGGUGAGUAAUUAUUGUAGGGAAUAUUGUUAAAUCAAUUUAAUUUAAGGAAGCAUAAUCUUCAUGUCUUUUGUCUAGUGCACUUGUCCUAAAGGUAUCAUUUUUAUUCACCUAUAGAUGUUUUCCUUCUGGUAGUCUCUAAGAAAGAAAAGAAAAAAAAUUGAAUUAGUGUUGGAGGGUAGUAUUUUGGAAUUUUAAAAGCUAAGCAUGACAUAGUGAAAAUAAACUUUAUUUUUAAAUUAUCACCCAUUCUGAUAAGUUUAGAAAGCACCCAAUAUAAUCCUAUUGGAUGCUAAGCAACAGGCCUUGAUUGUAAUUGAUGCACAAGACAUUAAAUAGUUAUGAACUGAAAGGAGUAGAGUUCAAUGUCCUUUGGGACAUGCUUAAAUAGAUAAUGAUCUCUCUUCGGGGAUAAAAACUAUUUAAACAAAUUUUAAACAAAAAAACGAAAACAAUGUACAUUUCUUUUUUUUUUUUUCUCUGAUUGAUUCCAGGUGUAGCGUUUCGAGGGUUACCCAAUACACAGCUUUACCCUGCUGUGUCAGCAGUUUAUGGCAACACAGAAGUGUCCAUGGUAUACUUAGGACCUCCUUUAGAUGGCUGACAUUAUGUCAUUCAUUUGAUGGUCUAAGCCUAGGGAAUAAAUGAACACAUGCUUGCAGUAAAUGUGAGGAUAAAGUACCAUUUUGUGUGUCAAGGAGCUGAAAGAUUGGUCUGGACAUUUGAUUGAGUGCUGAACUUGAAUUUCAUUUACAUUCACAGGCUUUUUGUUUUGAGCUGUACGACUCAUGUGUGUGUAUGUGUGUACAUAUAAAAAUGAAAUAUACAUACUUAUGGUUAACUUUGAAGAAUGGUGAAUAUAUUAAUCUCUGCACAGGAAUAUUGUACAUAUAUUCUAAACUGAUAUUUACAAUUUAGAUUCAUUGUGGAGACACUGUUGUUUUAUACUACAAUCAAAUGACAUGUUUUUAUAGCUUGUGAGGCAUAUGCUGUUUGUUACCAAUGUGAUGCGGAUUUCAUCCCCUUUAAUUGACCCUGUUUGAUUUUCUCCCUUUAAUUUAAUAUUCAAAUCAGAAAAUUCCAACUUUGUGCAUUUGAGAAUUCUCAUUGUAAUUUUUCUUGCCUUUUUUGUCUUCUUUUUAUUUAUGUAAACUUGCAUAUUUUUUAUCUUUAAAAAAGUGCAUACGGGGAAAAAAUGUAAAUGUAUGACGUGUAAUUAGUGUAAACAUGUGUAUGAUUAAUCAUAAUAUAUAUUUUAUUAUUAUAUUUGGGGAAUUUAUUUGGAAAACUAGAAACUUUGAGAUAAUAAAUUUAAAAAAACAAACUAUUUGAUUUAAAUUAUGUUUAAAAAAAACCAGUGCUUCCCAAACUUCUGUUGGUCAUUUAUUCCUUUUUAUUCUUGUAAAAUAUAAUUCUGAAACUUUUUUGCAAAACAAACUUUAUUGGGUAAAUUAUUUCUUGCAGGAUUUUGAAAAAAAUAUUUUGUGUGCACAUUUUAUUUUAAUUAAGUAAACUGUGUAUUUUGAAACCUUCAUUGAAGAAACAUCAAACAUUGAUUGAAGUAUUGCUUCUCUACAGCCUUAAAG